AUGAAUGUGACUCAAGUGUUGGAAGGCACCAUCUCGCCAGAUGCUGCGACACGUACAAACGCUGAACAACAGUUGGUUCAUGCCGCAGAAGUCGACUUUGCCGGCUAUCUCGUAACCUUAGGUCAGGAACUCGCAAAUGAGAACACCGCAUCCCACAUCAGAACCGCCGCCGGUCUCGCCCUAAAGAACGCCUUCACUUUCAGGGAUCGAGAAAAGCUCCAGGAGGUUCAAGGAAAAUGGCUCCAGCAAAUUACCCCAGAAACAAAGACGCAGGUCAAGGAUCUCGCGCUUAAGACGCUCGCCUCUAAGGACGGGCGGGCCGGUCAGUCCGCGGCCCAAUUUAUCGUCUCCAUCGCCGCCAUCGAGCUGCCCCGGAACGAAUGGCCCGAUUUGAUGAACGUCCUCGUUCAGAAUGUCGCAUCAGGUACCGAUCAGCUGAAGCAGGCCUCUCUGGUCACCAUCGGCUUCAUCUGUGAGUCUCAGGAACUCGAACUGCGCGACAGCCUGACUGCCCAUUCCAAUGCUAUCCUUACCGCCGUCGUCCAGGGCGCUCGUCGCGAGGAGCAGAACAUGGAUAUUCGAUAUGCCGCCAUCAAGGCUCUCAGUGACUCCGUAGACUUUGUGCGAUCGAACAUGGAAAAUGAAGGCGAACGGAAUUAUAUUAUGCAGGUCGUCUGUGAGGCUACCCAGGCCGAUGACCUCCGUGUUCAGGCCGGUGCCUUUGGCUGCUUGAACCGUAUUAUGGGUGCCUACUAUGACAAGAUGAGUUUCUAUAUGGAAAAGGCUCUUUUUGGCCUCAGCGUCAUGGGUAUGAAGAGCGAGGAGGAAGAUGUUGCCAAGCUGGCUAUUGAAUUCUGGUGCACUGUGUGCGAAGAAGAAAUCGCGAUUGAGGAUGAUAACGCCGCGGCCCAGGCUGAAGGUCUCACCGAUGUUCGACCGAUGUUUGGCUUUGCACGUAUUGCCUGUCGCGAAGUUGUCCCUGUCCUGCUACAGUCCAUGUGCAGACAGGAUGAAGACGCUGGUGAUGAUGAGUACAACGUUUCCCGCGCUGCCUACCAAGCUCUACAGCUCUAUGCUCAGUCAGUCCAGGCCGAUGUCAUCCAGCCUGUCUUGGCUUUCGUUGAGGAAAACAUCCGCCACGAAGAUUGGCGCCGUAGAGAUGCUGCGGUCGCUGCGUUCGGCGCCAUUAUGGACGGCCCAGACCCCAAGGUUCUGGAGCCUCUGAUUAAGCAGGCUUUGCGUGUUCUUGUUAGCAUGAUGGAGGACAGCUCUAUCCAGGUCCGCGACUCGGCUGCCUAUGCUCUUGGCCGCGUAUGCGACUUCUGCUCUGAAACUCUUGACCCUGACGUGCAUCUCCAACCUCUCAUUUCUUGCCUCUUUAACGGCCUCGCCAGCUCCCCGAAGAUUGCUAGCUCUUGCUGCUGGGCCUUGAUGAACGUUGCUGACCGCUUCGCCGGUGAUGUCGGCGCCCAAACCAACCCAUUGUCCAAGUACUUUGAGGAAAGCGUGAAGUCCCUCCUGACCCUCACAGAAAGACAAGAUGCGGACAACCAGCUCCGAACAGCAGGAUAUGAGGUCCUCAACUCCUUCGUGACCAACGCGGCUAACGACAAUCUCCCUAUGGUUGCAAACCUCUCCGAUGUUAUGCUCCAGCGCUUGGAGCACACUAUUCCUAUGCAGCAGCAGGUGGUCAGUGUCGAGGAUCGUAUCACUCUGGAAGAAAUGCAGACUAGCAUCACCAGUGUGAUUCUCGCCAUCGUUCAACGCCUUGAAACCGAAAUCAACCCUCAGGCUGAUCGCAUCAUGCACAUCAUGCUUCAAGUCCUGUCCACUGUUCCUCCCAAGUCCAGCGUUCCCGAUGUUGUGUUCGCAACUGUCGGUGCCAUUGCCGGAGCUUUGGACGAAGAAUUCGCCAAGUAUAUGGAGCCUUUCAGCCCAUUCCUCUACAACGCCCUUGGCAACCAAGAAGAGCCCGGUCUCUGCUCCAUGGCCAUUGGCCUGGUCAGCGAUAUCUCCCGUGCCCUGAACGACAAAGUUCAACCGUACUGUGAUACCUUUAUGAACUAUUUGAUGAACAAUUUGACGAGUGCUACAAACCAGCUCAAGCCUGCCAUUCUCGAAACCUUUGGAGAUAUUGCCCAGGCUAUCGGCAUUCAAUUCGAUAAAUACUUGAACGUUGUGGGUCAAGUACUCAAGCAGGCCUCCUUGGUUACUGCAAGCUCCGAUGUCACCAUCGAGAUGCUGGACUACAUUCUUUCCCUUCGUGAGGGUAUCAUGGAUGCCUGGGGUGGUAUCCUUCUGGCCUACAAGGGCAAGCCGCAAGCAGUGAAAUCCUUGCAGGAGUUUGUGAAACCGAUUUUCGAACUUCUCAACAUCAUCGCUCAAGACCCUACUUGCCGAAGUGAGGGUCUGAUGAGAUCAGCCAUGGGCGUUCUAGGUGAUCUUGCCGAUGGUUUCCCCGAUGGUUCCAUUGCGCAGUAUUUCCGUAACGACUGGGUCACCAGCCUUGUGCGCGAGACAAGGACGAACCGGGAAUACGGCCCUCGCACUAUCGAUACCGCUCGGUGGGCCCGUGAGCAGGUGAAGCAGCAGAUUAGCAUGCCGGCCGCUGGAAUGUCGUAA